AUGUCGCUGGGAUCUCUGGGCCGGGGAGCCAUGCUCCUGGAGCAGCCCAUGGUUCUCCCUCACCUCCUCCACCUCAGCGGCUCUGCAGGGGCCAGGCUGCCAGGGAGGGACCGGCAACCAACCUCCACCUCCAGAGGCCUGGGGAGGUUCCCUGUGCCCAGGUUGGCCCUGGGCGGUGGGGCCCCGGGAGACCCACCCUCCCCUCCGCCCGCCCGGCUUGGUGCUGUGCUGCUGGCCCCAGCAGGAGGCCUAACUCUGGACCCGUCAAGGUGUUGGCCUGGCUCCUCACCCAGCUCUGACAGGGUCCUCGGCCGGCCCAGGUCCGCCCCAGACUGUCUCCCAUCGGAGGAGCAGAAAUCAGGGCCUCCGGACCUCGCUCUGCUCACUGUCAGAGGGGCUGGGCCCCAGGAGGGCGCCGUGGGCGGGCGGGGCCUGCCCCUCACCCUGCCUGCCGACAGCCAGGGCAGCCCGCCUCCUGCCCUGCCCUCCUGUGACCUAGCAAGAGCCCCCGCCCCCAGCUCCGUGUCGCCAGAGGACCACACGGGCUCCGGGUUUGGGUUGAUGGUGUCGGUGUCGGGGCUGCCACCAGGCGCUGCAGCUGCAUUGCAGGUUUUGCCGGAAGUGUCACACCACCCUGCCUUCCUGCCCCUCAAGUGUGACUGCCUGCAGGACCGGCUGCCCCCGACCCCCUGGCCUCCUGCCUCAGGUCACCCCAAGCGCGCAGCCAGCGACCUGCAGGAGCAGGCCCAGGGCCGCGGCUCCUCCCUGUGGUGGCAGCACCGCUCCUGGGCGGGACGGGGGCUUCAGUUCCUGGUCCUGCUAGAUUCCGUCCCAGUGAGGUGUGCCCCCGCUGCCCCGGAGGCCUCUCUGCCGCCCCUGCAGACAGGGAGCCAAGGCCCAGAGCUGUGCCUGCCGGGGAUCCAGGCCCCCGUCCAGAGGCACUUGUGUCUGCCCGGUGCCCAGGACCAUACAGACCUGAUCUCAGUCUUGCUGGCAGUUCGGGAAGAAACCCCAAUGGGGAAACUGAGGCUUGGGGAGUUUAAAGAGGGCCCAGAGCUCCAGGAGUCUGAGGGGCCCCCUGCCUCAGCUUCCCCUCCUGAGCAGAAGGUGGUCCUGUGUGUGGCUCUCCAGUCUGCAGGCGCCCGGCCCGGCCCGCUGAAGCCUUGCCCGCCCCACACUGUCUCCCCAUCCGGGCCUCUGCGGGCGCAGGUUUCAACUCCUGUGAUAACUCGGAAAGUUGAACUGGCCCCAUUACCGCACCGAGAUGCUAUGCCCCCUGCCCCCCCACUGCACCCCCAUUGCAAGGAGAAGGCGCUGGUGCAGGCUCAGAGCCGCGCGGCCUGUGCUGGCCGGGGCCCGGCCGGUCUGCCAGCCUCUGCUCCUUUCAGAGCCGCGCGGCCCGUGCUGGCCGGGGCCGGGCCGGCUCCUUGGUCCCUGAGGGUGAAGCUGGAGAGCAGGGCCCUGCAGCAGGCAUGGACGGCAUCCCCACCAGACAGCAUCCCCACCAGACAGCAAAACCCACCAGACGGCAUCCCCACCAGACAGCGUCCCCCACCAGACGGCAUCCCCACCAGACGGCGUCCACCAGACGGCAUCCCCACCAGACGGCGUCCACCAGACGGCAUCCCCACCAGACGGCGUCCCCACCAGACGGCAUCCCCACCAGACGGCAUCCCCACCAGACGGCAUCCCCCACCAGACGGCGUCCCCACCAGACAGUGUCCCCACCAGACGGCAUCCCCCACCAGACGGCAUCCACCAGACGGCAUCCCCCACCAGACGGCAUCCACCAGACGGCAUCCCCCACCAGACGGCAUCCCCCACCAGACGGCGUCCCCACCAGACGGCGUCCCCACCAGACGGCGUCCCCACCAGACGGCGUCCCCACCAGACGGCGUCCACCAGACGGCAUCCCCACCAGACGGCAUCCCCACCAGACGGCAUCCCCCACCAGACGGCGUCCACCAGACGGCAUCCCCACCAGACGGCAUCCCCCACCAGACGGCAUCCCCACCAGACGGCAUCCCCCACCAGACGGCAUCCCCACCAGACGGCAUCCACCAGACGGCAUCCCCCACCAGACGGCAUCCACCAGACGGCAUCCCCACCAGACGGCGUCCCCACCAGACGGCGUCCCCACCAGACGGCGUCCCCACCAGACGGCGUCCCCCACCAGACGGCAUCCCCACCAGACGGCUAAACCCACCAGACGGCUAA